AUGGCCGCCACCACCAUCCUCGACUUCGAGUCUGCGCCCGUCAAUCCCAAGGGUCUACCCACGUCCGAGCUCGCUCGCACCGGUUACGAUGACGACAAGAAAGGGGGCCUAGACGAGAUCACUGUCGCUACGUAUGAUGUCGGAGCUAGGGAGCAGGCGGAGGAGAUGGAUUCAGAGUUGAUCCCGACCGAGGAGGAUCUUUUGACGCUGCGCAAGGUAGCUGCACCGUUACCGUGGGCUGGCGUUGCCAUGUGUCUCAUCGAGUUCGCCGAGCGCGCCUCUUACUAUGGCUGCAAGGGUCCCUUCAACAACUUCAUCAACCGUCCUCUUCCUAUUGGCGGUAACGGCGCCGGUGCAGUCGCACCCGGCGCUGCGGGUCUCAACCAAUCGGCAGGCGCGCUCGGUCUGGGCUCCGUCACAGCCACCGCUCUCGUCCAGAUGUUCAACUUCCUCGCCUACGUCAUGCCCAUCGUCGGCGGUAUCAUCUCCGACACCAAGUGGGGUCGCUUCAAGACUAUCGCUAUCGGCGCCGCGGUCGGGGCCGUCGCACACUUUAUCCUCGUCGUCCCUGCCGUUCCUUCCAUCAUCAAUAAUCCCAACGGCUCCCUUGCCGCCUUCAUCAUCUCCAUCCUCAUCCUCGCCGCUGCGGCUGGCUUCAUCAAGCCCUGCCUUGGACCCCUCCUCUGCGACCAAUCCCCCGUCCGUCACCCCACGCUCAAAGUCCUCCCUUCCGGCGAGCGGGUCAUCCUGGACCCUACCACUACCAUCCAACGCUACCUCCUGGUCUUCUAUUGGUGCAUCAACGUCGGCUCCUUCUUCGCGGUCGCUACUACCUACUCGGCCAGGCUCGUCGGCUUCUGGCUCGCCUUCCUCAUGCCCGGCGUGAUCUACAUGCUCAUGCCUAUCGUCCUCGUUAUCGUCUACAAGCGGCUCUACAAGGCGCCGCCCCAGGGCUCGGUCGUCGCAGAGGCGGCCAAGGUGUUCAAGAAGUUGCUGGCGGAUGGCGGAUGGAGGAGGAUGUGGAAAGGCGGAGAUGCCUUCUGGGACCGUGCCAAGCCCUCGGUCAUUCAGGAGCAGGAAGGGAUGCUGGACGUCACCAAGGUGUUUUGGGAUGACAAGUUUGUCGACGAGAUCAGGCAGACCAUCAGCGCCUGUGCGGUCUUUGCCCUCAUCCCCAUCUUCACCCUCGGAAACGGCGGUAUCGGAAACUCACUCAACUCCAUGUCCGGCUCUAUGACCCUCAACGGCGUUCCCAAUGACCUCAUCGACCAGUUCAACGCCCUGGCCAUCAUCCUCUUUGCCCCCAUCCUCAACUUCGGUCUCUACCCCCUCUUUGCUCGGUACGGCAAGCCGAUCAAGCCCAUGACCCGCAUGACCAUCGGGUUCCUCAUGGCCACCUUCUCGGACAUCGUCGCCGCCGUCGUCCAAUGGAAGAUCUACCAGGAGUCGGACUGCGGCUACUACGCGUCUACCUGUGACACCGUCACCUCUAUCUCCAUCUGGCUUCAGAUCCCCAUCGUCAUGGUCCCUGCGGUCGGCGAGCUCUUUGUCAACGUGACGUCGUACGAGCUCGCGUACACUCGGUCUCCGGCGCGGAUGAAGGCUCUUGUCUACGCUCUGGCGCUGUUCAACUCGGCGGUUGCGGCGGCCAUCUCCCUCGCUUGCGCCAAGGCUAUCGACGACCCUUAUCUUAUCUGGCCAUGGGUCGCACUCGCGGUCUCCACCUUUGGCUGCGCAUGCCUCUUCCCCACCUACUUCAAACACCUCAACAUCCCCAUGGAGCAGUUUGCGGACAAGGACAGGAUGGCGGGGGCGGACCAGCCGACUGCGUUGGACCAUAAGGCCAGAGGCGAGGAGUGA